GGUGCAUUAGUGUGCUGGUGAAAAUUAAUAUUUGUGAUGAGCGUAAACGCAAACUCGAAUGCUGGGAGUACGAAUUCUCUUCAGUCAAACAGUCCAGAGCGCCCACAAGCACAGAAUGUUGAUCUAAACAUGAUCGCAAGGCAACUGGCAAUGGCAUCCAGCACAGGAACUAGAGCAGUUGCAGAGCUCCCAUUCGAAAACCUAAAGUACUCCGAUAGUGGGCGCAUUUCCACGGACGCUGAUCAGCAAUGGCAUCAAUAUCUGUUGCAGCUUCAAAUGCAACUUCUGCGAAACAGCACUAUUCCGAAGAGUGAAAGCCCGAUUGCACACUACACAGGAGAGAAUCCAACAGGACAACUAUUAAACCAAGCCGCAGCUUCCAAUUCGUUCAGCUCACUCAGUGUAGCACGGGGAAGCCAACCCAACUUUACGGCCGGCGUUUCAGUGUCCAGCGCGUCUACCUUGGCACCCGGGACCACAAGAACCAGCUCGCAAACUGUUCCAACUCCCAUCUCCGAAACGCCUGUCAUGCAGCUGGGACCAGAAAAUGUGCCAUUAUUUUCAAAUCCUACAAGCUGCGCAACACCAAAAACGAGCAUCAGUCAGGCGCCAUUGGAUGCCAACAUGGUUGCUCAACUUUUAUGCUCACCAAUCCUAAGACAACCGGAACAAUUGAUUGCCUGCCUAACAGAAUUGCUGAGGCAACAACAACUCCGAAAUCAGCAACCGCGUCUCUCUCGGGCUUCUGUCUCAUCCGUCGCCUCAGUACCGACCCCUGCAGCCGCACACUCACCGGCUGUCCCACGUCAAAACGUUAUCAGUUCUCCUGCUGUGCCAUUAUUCAUAGCGACUACGUCGGCGGAUGAACAAACUACUAAUGACUAUGUCAACCUGUUUUCCAACUUGUCAACGGUUGAUCCACAAAGUGCUUCCCCUAAUCUCGAUCAGGCUGUCUUAUCGAAUAGUCAACACGGAAGUCAUUCGGGUUCAUUGCACCAGGACUCGACCUUCAGAGAAUCGCUGGGGACCAUAGAUAGUAGUAACGAAAGUCAAGCACAAUCUUCUGUUGAAAGUGAUCUACGCGCAUUAGAUCAGUUUGAUCAGGACCCCACAGACCGUUCUUUGGUUAUGCGCGACCCCGCUGCACAAUUUGGAGAGCAAGAACACCCUCAAAUGGACGCUACAAAGUUUACGGCAGAUCGGCAUCAUCUGCUACGGCCACGUCUACGCUCACACUAUCGAGACCGAUUCUUGGUGCGCGUGAUUCGUAUAACCUAUCAGUGCUCUUGUCGAUCAAACCAGCCCACAGAACACACAAAGGCUCCUGAACCCAAACGCUUCACCUGUUCUGGGAGUGACUGUAAGGGUAAUGAGCCAAGAACAUACGUCACCUUUCAAGCCCAGUUACCAAGUAUCAGCUCAUCAUUUCGUGCGACGGUUCCCGGGAACCCACUAUCCCAUGGAACAGGCUUGCGUCUUGGAUUCACAUGCUCGUUAGCCAGUAGGGGACCAGCGUUGCAAGACUUUGCAAACCCGAAAGUCGCGGAAAGACUAGACGCCUGGGAACAAGCGGGUAAUAUGCCUGGAUUUCGAUGUCAAGUACUGGCUGCUCUGCAUGACACAGUGGGUCUGAUUUUGCAGAAAGUACGAGAGGAAGGUGUUACCGCAAUCGCGUUGGAUACGGAUUAUGUCUUCUACCCAGCCACCGGAGAACUCAGACCGGCUGUUUCACGAAGACGUCAACUAAGUGCUUCUUCAGAUAGCUCCGUGCCUCGGAUGACCGCACGAAAUCGUAUCUAUGGAGAACCGGCUCGAAUUGUUGGAAAACACUUGAGUUCGGUGGAGAAACCACCAGAGAUCGACACCGAACCAGUUACUGGCGAGAGGGAACAAACUGUUUGGUCAGAAGUCGUAAGCUGUGUGGAGACUAAUGAGUACUCUCGUCGUCCCCGGACGUGGCACCAGGUCUCCGGAUCGCUUCAGUGUUCUCCUAGAAUGGGAGAGUCCCAAGAUAGACAAUCAGCCAGAGUGCCCACACAUGGACCAGGACCAUCAUGUACAUUGAACAUACCAAAGUCUUGGGGAGACGAACUCGGUCAGUCUCCUCUGACCUGCGAUCCGAUGGUCAGCGGACAUUUGUCUAGGACUGGAUCAGCUGACAGCUGGACGCACCCGGUUGACAAUGGACUUAGGGAAGAUGGAGUACAGACCUCGAUAUCAGGACGCCCAAGAAACUUGGUCCUUGGGCAUGAAAGAAGACAACUCCUGCAUGGUGACCAAACAUUAUCAACUCCAGUCAGCCCGACGAGAUUUUUACGCCACAGACGAUUUGCGAACUUGUACCUAGAACGCGCAGGCGCUUCGCAGGCGGGAAAUAUGAGCGAAACACAAAUGAGAACGGCUCCAUCCUCACCACUUCCCGGUAGUCGUGCACACCACAAGAGUGCACCGGAUGCAGACGAUACUAAGCUGAUGACGUCCAGUGUCACGGAUAAUCAAUCUCCCGCAGCGGAGCGGUACCAUUCAAGUGUUGACACAAUCGUCCGGGAAAUAGCCAACCGACUGCAAACUAACCCACAGCUGCCACUUGUGGUGAUGCCAACAACAAUGAAUGAACCAGAAGGUAAAGAACCAAGCAGCUCUCCGCUAGUCUUUCAGCUACCCCAUCCCAACUCCACAUUCGUAUGUCUUCCUGCAAACACAACUCAGCUUCCCCGAGUGGUGACAGCUCCGAAAAGCGGAACUUUGGUGGUAAUACCAAGGACAAACACAACAACGUCCGAAACUGGAUUGACAACGACGACAUACCAGCAGCCGUUGGUUGUUACGGGACCCCGUGAAGGUUAUCUCUUGAUCAUUACACCUGACAACAAUUUCGAUUACAUACCUAUUGGCGAGCUUACCCGAUUGAUCACACCCCGAACCCAAUGAAACACUGGGCAAACGGAAGACACGCGCAUUUAAAAAAUACACCUGGGACAGUCACGCGAGUGAUCGGCGAGCAGAAUCAAGAAGUUUAAUCCCUCAUUUCCCCACAACCAUUUUCUUAAACCAGAUACAAUUGCCUUACUCAAACACACACUUAAACCACUUACAAGAUUCCAGAUUCUAUGUAACGACAGCUCAGCCAUAGGCUAUUCGUCACCAGUUUCCAGUUUUCCUCGUUUUCGUGUAACCCCUGGGCUUUAAUCCGUCCCAUUAUGGGUAAUUUGUCCGGAACUCGUCCGUUCAGGUCAAUAGAAAGUGCACUUGGAUCAUUGUUG